AUGCCGAGCCAGCCGACAGAGACGCUCGUGCCGCCCACGAGGCUAUCUGCAAGCAAGCUUGAGUACUCGGUGCACCGCCCCUCGCGCCUGCUGCGGCGGGACAUCGAGCUCGUCUUCCGGCCGGACCUUGAGGCGGAGUUCCAGCGGCAGCGGCCCGGCGCGAGCAGCGACGCCAAGGACGGCUGGCUACACGAAGUGCUCCUCGCAAUACCGACGUGGCAGCCAGCCACACAGGACCUCUCUGAGAUCUCCGACCAGGUCAACGGCGAGCGGCGCGAGCUGCUCGCAAACUUCACGACGUGGUCGAGUUCGCUGCGCGCGCGGCUCGCGCCGCACUGGACCGAUGCGUCCUGCCCGCUGGAGGGAUGCGCCAAGUACGGCACUCCAACCUCGGUCAUCUACAACGAGCUCGAGGGGCUCACCUCGCUGCUGAAGUACUCGUCGGUCCCUAUCGGCUGCUGCGGCAUCGUGCUGCACCCAGAGUGGCAGCGCUGCGCCUACCCGGUUACGCUCUUCACCACCGCCCCGCCCGAGCUGCUGCUAGCGGCCAUCGCGGAAACAGAGGCUGAGAGGGGAGGGGCGUGACCCCCGGCCUUGUCCUGCCGCCGCCCGCGCGCAGGGCCACACAGUCGACGACGUACGGGCAAUAUUGAGUCACAGAGAGUGCAUUACGCGCAUGCACCAUGUGGGCCUGUGCGCUGUUGUCCGCCAUAUACCCGGGUACAUGUUUGAGUUGCGUGCGGCAGAUAGCUGUCCACCUUCGUAUGCGUUGCCGUUGGAGCACGUGGUCGUGGAGUGCAGUCUGGUACGUUUUCCACGGAAUUAACCCGUUACCGAUUC